UUGAAUAAUGAGAAUAAUAAAAAGUGUUUAAAUCUUUAAUCUAACACAGCUCUUUCAUCACAAAACAGCACAGAUAUCGGUUAACUUCAAAAAGAUCAUUGUUGAUCAGGCUGAAUCGAUCCAACGGCCGAUACAUCGCACGCAUGUGUAUCUUUUGAGAGAGGUUUCUUCAGCUUUUUUUUUUUAAACAUCUUAUUUACCUCGUCUUUGAAAUUUUGAAGAACGCGAUAAAAUGCGGCGCGGUACCGUUCUUCUCCAGCAGCACGCAGGGUGGAUGUUCCGGGAACACUGGAGAGUCCAGAAGAAACGAACGGUCGCGCCGACCGGAGCUCUCAAAGUUCUGCGAGAGAAGGGCAUCGAGUACGAAGACCCUCUCGACGUCGUCAGUGAACCAAAGGAAAACAAAUUUGUUCUACCAAAAGGAUACAGGAUAGAGUUUCCUUCAGACGAGAUAGAGCCUUACUUGUCAUAUAGCGACAAAAAUCUACUCAUCGGGGGAUUGCAGCAAGCUCAAGUAUUCUGCAAUGCAGUCAAGCUGCCCCAUGAAUCACUGUCCGUAUUCAAGACGCAGCCGACUGAUCUCCUUCUAACACAAGACAAACUUGUUAAAAGGUGUAUAAGAUCAUCAUUGCUGUUUGAUGCUUAUCAAGAAAAGCUACCAAAAAGGAAAGACCCUGAGAGGCCAGCUUGGAAUUUUCCGAGAGAUUAUGGAAUCACUGAUUGCAGAAAAAACCUUCUCUUGGGAAAUAGGCUUUUACAGCUGUGUGUUUCAUUAAGCCCUCAGCUUUUGGACCACAGAAGGAUUUUAAGCACAUCAGAGUUUUCAGUGCCGUUUACCCGUGAGGGCGACAAAGUCGUGCUUAAUCUCAGAGCAGAUGCUUUGAUCCUCAGCAAAACACCUUUGGAGCCGCCAUCAGGUUCAGUUGAUAGAGAUGUUUUAGAUGAAGCUUUAAAAGCAGGACUUCCUGAUAUUUAUCCUUGUGUACAAACUGUAUCAUUAGUGAAGAGUAAACAAUUAUCAGCGUCAGAAAGUUUCUUUCCCCUUAAUGCAGGACAGGAGUUGAACAUUCAUACGGCUUUAGUUCAUUACAAUCCGACUGAAGUUAGCAAUGUUUAUGACAUUGAUCCCACCGAAGAUCAGAUAAAUUCGAGGGUGCUUAUGAAAGCGUAUGCCUUCGCUGUAGCACAAGCUAGAUACAAAUAUGGAGAUGUUGAGGACCUUCCAGAGCCUGUGACAGUCCAGUGCAUACAGACGGAUUCGAAAGAUUUUAAUUUUCUUGUCUUUCAGCUCAACACGAUUUCUUGCUAUUCAAAGACAGAGAAGAGGAAUUUUUUCUGGAUCCAUCCCAAAAUGUCUUUAUUUGAAACGUGCGAUGUCAUAAAUGGAAUUUAUGUCCUCCAAGAGUACAACCCUUCAGUUUUUAAAAUGUUAUUUGCUUUUUAUUAUAAUUCGUAAAUAAUGUUUCUUCAUUAUUAGUUGUUUUUUUUGUAAAUAAAACUGUAACUU